AUGACCUCCCCCCUUCCCCCCACUGCAGAUCGCUCGUUAACGCCGCCUUCACGUUCCCCUCCUCACGCCACCACCUCUGGUCGAGAGCUGAUGUCCGUCUGGCGCGUCCCACUACGCUCGCGCGCCGCGCCGACCGCGGCACCGUCGUCAUCGUCGCAGGUCCUCAGCUCGAGUGGGGAGCCUGCCGAGGAGGAGGUGCACAUCCCGCGACCUUCUAAUGCAUUCAUGAUCUUCCGUAAAUGGUAUGCAAAGAAGCAUGCAGGCGAAGCGGGUGGUGCUCUUUCACGUCGAGCGGGAGAUGCGUGGAAGGCGCUAUCACUGCUCGACAAGGCUGUUUGGGAGGAUAAGGCAGAGAACGAAAAGCAGGAGCACGCGCGACGCUAUCCGGGGUGGCGCUAUCGUCCGCGUCGCCGCGGAAAGGCGUCCGAUCCCCCGAGUCUGGAUCCGUCGCAGGAGUCGCCAUCUCGAGAGCCCGGUAAGCGUGCGCUCUCGAUGCCCCUGCCACCGGAGCGUCCGCAGCGUGUUGCGAGAACGAGGCGCGCACUGUCUGACGCUGCGUCGGCUUUGUAUGCCCAGGCGUUCCCUGCACGAUCCGCUGCGCAAUAUGUGCCCAAGGAGACGGAUGACAUACCGGAGACUGAGCAAUCCUCUUCGUCCAGUGUACCUGCCACUGUACCGUCGUCCGUGAUACCUCCCGUUGACGCCGCCGCCCACUCGGCCAGCCCUGAGUCUACGUCUCGCAUCUCUCCUCUCACCGCUGUCGGGCAUUCCUGGACGCACCUUCAGCACUGGCAGCCGCCACCAGAAAGAAAUGCGGCAGCGCCGGUGAUUGCUUCCGCCGAUCCUCGAUUUACCUCCGUACCCGAAUCUGCCCCCGCCCCAUCUCUGCCUGCGCCUGUGGGGCCGGCAGUAAAUCAAUAUCACGUCCCCGAGGCUUAUCCCCCUUGGCAACCAAACGGAGCGCCAAACGCGGAAGUAUACGAGUACAGGGACACCACGACCAUCGCUCAGCAGCCUCCCCCGACCCACAUGCAGUACGUCCCAGAGCUCGGUGGGACGCCCAUGUUCUGCCCCGGGGUGCAGCAACCGUAUCCAGCGCAGCACUAUUCGACCUUCACGAACGACGUCCAGCCCCCUUAUGUGCACGACGCUGCGUACCAGCAGCAGCCUUACGAAUAUGGCGACGGGUAUGCGCAGCCCUACUACGACCAGCCGUCCGGCUACUACGAUGAGCAGGCGCCGUCGCUCACGUACGACGAGCAGGUCGCGCUCGCCGAGUACCAGCAGGGCUUGCAGCAGCUCGUCUACCUCACGCCCCAAGAGCAGCAGGACCACUACUAUUACGACAACACUCCUUACGACGCCGCUCCUUAUACCCCUCAGUUCGCCCCUCACCAUCCUUGA